AUCUAGACCAUCUAAGUCUGACACAAACACAGACAACAAGCGAGCCCGUCAGACGACGGCUGGUGAGGAUAUUUUCCCGCCAAACUGCGGGAUGGUGGACGUGUACGAGGAGGCGUGGGUGCCACCGGAUACUGCCCCUGGUACCAAAGGGAACUACGAACAAGCCUGUGACGUUCGUUUGGCAUUCAAGCCAGAAAAUGGGAACCAGCGCAAGCAGCGCGAUUCCUUCUCGGCAGCGAAGCUGAGGAGCACCGAGGGGGCUGACAGUCGGGCCGGUGGCUCUGACGGAAAUACUCAAGUCAACGAAAUCUAUGGAGUCUGCAAUACUGACCAUACCAUUGACUCCACCGACACCGAAGACAUGGCAGACAGCGUCCCCGGGCGUCCGAGCUCCAAGCGCCGCCGGCCUGGCUGCUGGAUCCUCGCGGCAAUCGGUCUGUGCGCUCUCGUCGGUCUAACGGUGGUGGCAAUGGCCCAGUAUCACCGGGCUGCGGACAGCACUGAGCCACUUCUUGAGUCCAUAAACAAACAACUGGAGGUUAACGGCAAAGCCUUGCAGGACGUUCUGCUCACCCUGAAGAUGGGGAAGCUCAGGGGAGACAUGCCUGGCCCAUACGUGACUGUUCCAGAAGCCUCCAGGAUAAACGACACCGGUGCCACCCACAUGGAACACACUGAUCAUCAGCCGCUGACCACAUCUAUGACCAGCAAUGAGGGAGACACGCCGACCAUAGCUUCAGUACCAGGGACAGGAGAACUUUUGCCGGCAGUUGAUGGGUACUCCGUCCGCCAAGGAAGCUGUCCUGGAAACGACAUCCCGUCUAUCUCUGAAGAUGGCACCACCCUGGAAGACUGUGCCGAACGCUGCACAAAUCACCCUGGCUGCGUUGCCUUCACCUUUACUGACAACCACCGAUGUUUCCCCAAGACAAAAACCUGCACCAAAAUGAGGAAGACCCCUGUCAUGAAUAUGUUCUACGACAAAAAGAGUGAUGGUCCACGAGUGGUGAAUGGCUACACUGUCCGUCAAGGGUACUGCAGUAGCUUUGGAGACAACCUCGGAUCCAUCUCUGGUACUGGCAUCACCCUGCAGGACUGUGCCCAACACUGUGACACCCGGCCAGACUGCGCCGCCUUCACUGUCAUCACCAACAAAACCUGCAGCCCAAUGUCCAAGCCAUGUGCAGACCCAACAAACCCAACUAGCCUCUUCUAUGAAAAAGAGACUGUGUGUAAGAUCAAGGCAACCAACAACAUCUAUCGCUACCGAUGGGACCUUCCUCCGCUUACCACCUCUCCAUUCAGGUUUGAUGUGAAGGCUAGCCAUGACAUCCACAUUGCCCUUGCCCAAGACAUGAAUCAAAUGUACGAGAUUGUCAUUGGAGGCUGGAGGAACCAGAAGUCCGUCAUUCGGAGGGAGAAGCAAGGACAAAUAAAGGUCAAGGCCAGAACCCCUGGCAUUGCAUCGCCAGCACUGUUCCAGACCUUUUCCAUCCAGUGGGCGGCUGAUGGCACCAUCAGCGUGAGUAAGGUCCCUGGGACUGCACCCUUCAUGAGCUGGAGGGACCCUGCACCCCUCCCCAUCCACCAUGUGGGCUACACGACAGGGUUUGGGGCCAGCGAUGCAGUGUGGAAGUUCUGCUCCAACAAUCCAUCAGGACGACAGCCCAAGGGUUUGUGGCCCAUGACCUUUGAGUCCGGACCAAGGGACAUGACUGGAAAUGGAAAUGACGGCAGAGCAAUCGGCGUCUUUCCCGCACCUGGCCCAAACAACCAAAUAUUUGGGUCAUACCGCUUCACGGGCAGACGAAUGUCUCGCAUGCUGAUUCCUUACAAGAGUGUCCUGGAUAUCCAGUAUUCCCUCACCAUCCUGGUGUAUGUGCGUGCCAGUGUCACCGCACUACCCCUGCAUGAUUUCAUGGGCGAUAGCUGGGGACUGAUGGAGGCUUGGAAGAGAACCAUGGCAACCCCAGCAGACAGGACGGGAGCGACUGACCAAUCAGCUUGGGGGCAGCAGCCCUCUGGAGACAGAUUUUGGCCACACAAUAAAGGGCGCACACAACCUGCAGACAUAAAUGCUCCCCACCUUGUCCUCAACAAGUGGACAUAUGUUGGAAUCAGCUACAACUACAGCAGUGGGGAGGUAGCACUCUGGAUGGACAACAUCAAGGUGGCGCAAAAGUUGAUUGGGAUUACGGAACAUAGAGCCCGAUUCCCCCUUUUGGUGGGGUACAACGGAAAAGUCUCCAAACCCUUCUCUGGACAGCUAUCCUGCCUACAGGUUUACGACUAUGCCCUGACACAGAAACAGAUCACUGCAGCCAUGCACAAAUGCCAAGUGAAUGAAAUUGUCUGUGAUCCCAGCUGGCACAGACAUGGGUCCAGAUGCUUCCGAAUUUUCAGCGUUGCAGUGCCAUAUGCAGAAGCUAAAGCUGUGUGCGCUCGUCACAACUCACGAGUAGCUCUCCCAAAAGACCUGCCGACCAACAACUUCCUUGUACAACUGCGAAACAAGGUCAACAAGACGCUGCCCACAUGGAUUGGACUUAGGGAUAAGGAAGAAGAGGGAAAGCACGUGUGGGAGGAUGGAGAAGAACUGGGAAGGUUCCGUGCCUGGGGACCUGGGGAGCCCAACAACCAGCCCGGAGACUCCGACUGCGUCCGCAUUGAGAAAGCAACUGGGUUCAUUGGUGCAAACAAGUGGAGGGACUUCCCCUGUACCCUGGGGACCUUUGGUGUGAUCUGUGAGAAAGGUCAGACUACUGCAUGUCCCAUUGGAUGGACCAAGCUAGAUCCAGACUGCUUCAUGCAUAUUGACAAACCUGCCACAUUUGAAGAUGCGGAGAAUGUCUGCAAGAACAUGGGAGCAAGCCUACACACUGCUGCUGAUGAAGAGGGGUUGCGAACCAUUCAGGGUCUUGCCAAAACUGGUAAGAGUCGCUGGGUAUGGACAGGCAGAGAAAAACAGGACAUCCCAUCAUCAAGAUGCAGGUCUUUCCUCAUACCACAAUCUACAGGCAGAGAGAAUGCUUAUCAUCGCCCCUACCACAACAUGCAGGGCCCUUGCACCAGGAAGCUUGGCUUCAUCUGCAAGAAGGGGUAGAAGCAGAGGAAAUAUCCUGAACAUUGGAAAUAAAGGACGAUACUGGUAAUGACUUUUGUCAUUACAGCUUGUGUGCAUAACUUGUCAUUUGAUUAUAGGAACAACGCUCUUGUGACAUAACUCGAAAAAAAUCAUGGUCAUCUCAGAAACAUACUGAAUCUAAGAGGCUAUCUUGCCAGAAAACACUUACUGUAUCAGGAACAAAGACUGGGAGAGGGGUAUAUGCUCAGUCACAUUUGGGAUUGCAUUCUUGCCACCAAUUCACCAUGUGGCAGUAGUAGAGGUCAAUCAGAUGAAAGUUGCUAAGGAGUUGCAAAAUGUUGGCCAGGUGAAUCUUCUUCAAGUUUUGUCACAAGAACAGUAUUUUCUUUUUCUUUUGAUCGUUGAAUUUGAAUGUGCCUUUAAAGUCAUGUAACCUGACUUUAUUUUGUAGAUCAAUAUACAAUUGCAGAAAUCUAAUACAGCUCAUGCAUUAAGUUUCAAUUUAAACAUUACAUCAAACUUCAUUAAACUCAAACUUUCUGACAUUUGAGAUCUAGAUCUCCCCACAAAAAAACAUAAGCUCCUGUUACUUCAUACAACAGGUCUGGAGCUAAUUGACUCAUUUGCAUCAACCUUGACUUGACUUUGUCUUACUUUAAUUCGGUUCCUAUUGGACUAUUCAAAUUGUCAUCAAUUGUCAUCCAUCAAUUCAUAGGAAGGGUAUAAAAUCUGCUCUAACCAGCCUUCUUCAGUGUUACUGACAAAAGACAGUGACUGCUGUCUAAAAUGUCUGUUUCCAAAAUCAUGUCCAGUUGCUUGAGUAACAGCUUUUUGGUGUAAGCUUCAAUUUGCUUUUCACAGACAUAUUUUCACAAUUUUUCAGCCAUGUGCUACAUAUACUGUAUAUUUACGUAGAUCAUAAAUGGUUUUCAGAUUUGAAUCAAAACAGCAAAUCAAUUACACACUCUAAAAUGUAUUGGUAUUCCAAGAAUACGGAAUGCAAAAGUUUCACCUAGGCAUAACACACACAACACAAGUGUGCUGUCAAGUAAGAGUGGUUUACUGGUUAUACAGAGUUUUGUGCAAGCUGUGUAAGAUUGAGUCACAUUGGUGUGAUCCACUCACACAGGGAUGGACCAUAUGUAUUUAAUGUUACAUUAUAUAUUAUAUUUCUAAGACAUAAUCAAUGUCAGCAAAAUAUUAGAUGGAUAUCUUUUCUGGUACAGCCAUGUAGAGAAUAUUUGUGAUGUAUAGAAGGAUGGCCUGAUCAAGCUGGUCUUGUGUCAGCCAUAGUAGUACUUAAUGUUGUUUUGUGCAAUAAAGAGUAUCAUCAUGAAGUCA